AGAUUUCCGCGGUCGGCCGUUUGGAGUCUCCACUGCGUGUAUAGAAGCCUCGCUGAUCCGGGCUAAAUGGCAUCCUCUGGGUUUCUACUCUGAGCAACAAGGGCUGAAACUCCUUCUCUGUGCGGAGGCUUAGCCUAAUGGAUACCAUAACAAUAGCUGUGAGAUGGUGCUGUGUCCCACAGGCACACAUCAACUUUGUGACCGAUGGAAUCACAAAGUGGUAUAUGAGCAGAUGGAUAUACAAACAUUCUAAAACCAAAAAUCUGACAAUCAUUUGUGUCCAAGUAGAAUUUAAAAGAGUCUCUGCGUAUAUUCAACAGCUCCUAAGUGUGAUGAAAGCUCUAUGGGUGGAACCGGGACGUGGCUCAAUGGACUGGGAAGCAUUGGAUACACUGCUGGAUGACACACCUCUAGUGCCUGUCAGCACCAACAAAUACAGUGUCACGCACACCACCAUGAGACCAGGGGACAGCUUUUAUUACCAUGUGUGUAACACGGUGGAAUUAGUAAAAGGGCGCGCGUGGAUACUCAGGAGGGAACUGACCAUCGCGGACAAGAUGACCAUACUUAAGCUGCACAGCAAACAUGAACCUCACAGUGUUACGCUGUUAGUGCCCGGGACCGCAACAAGGAUGAUACAUGUGCGAUGCACCGAGCCCCAGCGAAUAUACGAGCUGUUCAAGAAGUAUGGCCUGACAUGCUCCAAUGUCUGGGAUUCCAGAACCUCCCUGUCUGCCACGGCUCCUUGUACAGCACUGUGUGACCACAACAUGACCACAGUUAAUGUGAACAGGAUCGCGGAGAAUGAUGCCUUGGGCCAGGAACCUGAGGUGUCCAAUUUCUACCACAACAUGAAAUGCAUCCGAAUACAAGCAAAGCGAGACGCACUGAAACACAGACCUUACAGCACACAUCACCGCAGCGUGGUAGAUGCAGCACAACUGCCAUCAGCCAGUGUUGACGGAACCUGCUCGAAUGAGACUCAGCCCGACUGCAUAUCAGUUGCCCUGUACUACUACGAUCGAAUGGCCAAACUGGGAGAUGUCAUCAAGUCCGACGGUCGGUUCGUACCGUCUGUCCAGUAUUCAAAUCCAGAGGAGUGGUCUGGGGAUAGAUAUGUGUUAGAACUGGAACCAGACAACAACGUGAUCAUUACAGGAUGCAAACCAACAACGUUGUCAGAGUGA